GGGGGGUCAAUGGCACAGGCAGCGAUCACAGUUUCACACGCGGCAAACUCACAACCUUGGACCGAGGACGCGCCCUCCCUCGUCAGGGGUCCCAGUUUCCCGCCCGGGAAGCCCUGGUCCCUCCCCCGAGGCCGGCGGCCCCUCCUCCCGAGACAUGGUGCCGGUCCCACGGGGUCCAGGCUCUCCCGAAGUGUCCCUGGGGGCCGGGCCCGAGGUCUUGGUGCUCAAGAGGCCCGCGCAGGCCGUGUCGCCUUCGCUGGAGGCCGCGGACGACUCGCAGUCCUCGGCCUCGUCGCUCUUCUGGCCCUCCUCGCGGCCGCCCCCCGCGAGCCCGGGAGUGGGCAGGUCGUCGCUGCGCCGGGCCGGGUAGGGCAGGAUGGCGGCCGGCACGUUGCUGGAGGCCGGCCUGGCCCGGGUGCUCUUCUACCCGACGCUGCUGUACACACUGUUCCGCGGGAAGAUGCCGGGCCCGGCGCACCGCGACUGGUACAACCGUAUCGACAACACGGUGCUGCUGGGCGCGCUGCCGCUGCGGAACAUGACUCGUCGGCUGGUACAGGACGAGAACGUGCGAGGGCUCAUCACCAUGAACGAGGAGUAUGAGACGAGGUUCCUGUGCAACUCCCCAAAGGAGUGGAAGAAUGCAGGAGUUGAGCAGCUGUGGCUCAGCACGAUAGACAUGACCGGAGUCCCAACCUUGGCUAACCUCCAGAAAGGAGUCCAGUUUGCUCUCAAGUACCAGUCGCUAGGCCAGUCUGUCUACGUACAUUGUAAGGCUGGGCGUUCCAGAAGUGCCACUAUGGUGGCAGCAUAUCUGAUUCAGGUGUACAACUGGACUCCAGAGGAGGCCGUAAGAGCCAUCACCAAAAUCCGGUCACACAUCUACAUCAGACCUGGCCAGCUGGAAGUUCUCAGAGAGUUCCACACGGUGAUCACUGCAGGAGCAGCAAAGAAUGAGACUUGUCACACAUCGCAGAUAUGAAGUACAUGGAUUAGAAAGAACUCAGGACAACCCUGGCUUGCUACAGAAUGAGAAUGUUUAACAGGACCAAAAGGCCUUAAGCCCAAACUUGACGUAAUAGAAAUGUGCUAAGUAAUGGUUAAUUUCACUCCCUGUGUCUUGUUUCGUUUUCUUGAAAUAACACUGUUGUGUGACUAGG